CUCUCUCUCUCUCUCUCUCUCUUUUCUUUAAUCUCUUUCCCUCCUCUCUCUUCUCUCCCGCACCAACAGCCAAGCAGGAGCACAUUAGUGCCCUUCCCAACCGUCGACUGCUUUUUUUACACUCCUCCUCCUCCAACGGACACUCUCUUGCACUUUCUCACUCCCACCACACCCACGCUAUCCCACGCACUGAACUCUUAUUAGCACCAUGGCUGCCACUCCAAAAUAUGCCGCCAAGAGCACUCUGCGUUCCAUCAAAAACUUCUCCAAGGGCUACAGCGAAAUUCAGGCCAAGGUUCGAGAGGCGACCUCCAAUGACCCUUGGGGACCCAGUGGGACACAAAUGAACGAGCUGGCCAGAGCGACUUUUCACCAGCAAGAAUUCCUCGAGAUCAUGGAGAUUCUGGACAAGCGCAUGAAUGACAAGGGAAAGAAUUGGCGACAUGUCUUCAAGGCGCUGACUGUUCUGGAUUACUUGCUCCAUGUUGGAUCUGAAAAUGUGGUCAAGUAUGCACGCGAAAAUUUAUACAUCGUCAAGACUUUGAAGGAGUUCCAGUAUAUUGAUGAAGAGGGCAAGGAUCAAGGCUCUAAUGUCCGCCAGAAGGCCAAAGAUAUCACAGCAUUACUUUCUGAUGAGGCUCGCUUGAAGGAGGAGCGACGGUCUCGAAAUGCCAUGCGCGAUCGUAUGAGCGGAAGAGCUCCAGGAGAUUACGAUGGGGACACGCCUGUAUACGACCGUCCAGGAUUGGGUGAUGAUGAUCGCGACCUACAGCGGGCUCUUGAAGAAAGCAGACGGAUGGCGCAGAGCACGAACAACAAAAACCGAACUAGCGAGGAGGAUGAUCUUCAGAAGGCACUGGAAUUGAGCAAGAAGGAGGAGCAGGACAGAAUCAAGACUGUCGAAAAGUAUAACGAGCUCUCCCUCACUGAGGACUGGGAGGCAGACUCGAAGCCCGUCAACAAAUACGACCAACAAAACAACUUUGACUUUUUCGGCAAUGACUUUGGUGGACAGAACAGUGGUAACAGCAACAGCAACAAUUUCGGCACCUUCUCUCCCAUGAACGACCCCAAUAACGACCCCAAUUUCCUUCAGCAACAGCCGACUGGAUUCAACAACCCUUACAUGCAGUUCCAGCAACAGCAGCUUCAACAGCAGCAACAACAGCAACAACAGUUAAUGCAGCAACAGAUGAUGCAGCAGCAGCUGCAGCAACAGCAGCAGAUGGCGUUCUUAAACACAAUGAACAACCCAUACCAGCAACAGCUCACUCCACAGAUGACAGGCGCCCCUGCGAUGGGAUCCAAUAAUCCAUUCAGCGCCUUUGCACAGAAGCCGGCCAUGACCGGACAGCCCUUCAAUGCUAAUGGCACUAACGGGUUUAACCCCAAUGGCGGCCUCAACAGCGGUUUCGGCAAUGGUAUCAAUAACAACAAUACCGGCUUUAAUAACAACAAUAGCAACAGCAGCAGUAACAACAACCCGCUUGGCGAACUCGCUUUCCUCCAGAAUUCCAUGGCCACUGGCUCUCCUGCUAUGAGUCAGCCCGCGACGACAAAGGGCCCCAGUCUCAAUGACGAGAAAUACGCCGCGUUGGCAAUGGCCCUUUCGAACCGAGAGGAUGGCAUGGACACGUUCGGAAACAUUGGCCAGCUUCGUGUUCCUGCUCAUCACAGCUUUGGAAUGAGCGAUCGUAGCACCAGCAGCACUGGUGGAGGCGUUGCCAACCCUUUCCAGGGUCUCGGCGGCAACAACAAUAGCAACAUCAGCAACUCGUUGAUCGACAUUGGAGACGCCGGCAGCUCUCUGAGCCGAAGUGCCACCAACAAUCCGUUCCAGAUGUCAGCGCAGAACGGACGGGCUAACAAUGGGUUCCUGUCAUCACAGACGACUGGAUUCGGAGCCAUGAACGGAGGUUCAUUUGGCCAGUUUUCAUCGGGACAGAACAACACGAGCAACGGAGCGUUCAGCAGCAAUACCUUGUUCUGAAAAUAUGCAGAGACGAUGCACAAUGCCUUCCUUGCUGUAGGCUAGUGGUUUUUACCCUUUUUUGUUGUAACAUAAUCAUAUGAGAAAAAAUAAAAAAUGAAAUCGGAUAAAGCUUUA